CCAGCGCAUCGCCAGGCGGAGCUAGCUACAGACUCGCCACCCACGCUCACCCGCGAAAAUCCGCAAGGCUUCCUAGGGGCGGGGCCUCGCACCAGUUAUUUGGAGCGUCCACUCUUCUUCCCCCUCAGAAGGCACGGAACGUCUUUGAGCAAGAUGGGCGUCUACCGUGUCCGUGUGUCCACUGGGUCCUCGUGCUACGCGGGCUCCAACAACCAGGUGCAGCUGAGGCUGGUUGGCCAGCACGGCGAAGCCGCGCUCAAGAAGAGGCUGUGGCCGGCGCGGGGCAAGGAGACGGAAUUCAAGGAGGAUGUGCCUGAGUACCUGGGGCCGCUGCUGUUCGUGAAAGUGUUCAAACGGCGCCUCUUGAAUGAUGACGCCUGGUUCUGCAACUGGAUCUCUGUGCAGGGCCCCGGGGCCAGUGGGGAGGAGUUCAGGUUCCCAUGUUACCGCUGGGUGGAGGGCGACAGCGUCCUGAGCCUACCCGAGGGCACUGGACGCACAGUGGUAGACGACCCUCAAGGCCUGUUCAAGAACCACCGGGAAGAGGAGCUGGAAGAGAGAAGGAAGCUGUACCGGUGGGGUAACUGGAAGGAUGGGUUAAUCCUGAAUGUGGCUGCAACCAAUUUAUGUGACCUCCCCGUAGAUGAGAGAUUCCUGGAGGACAAGAGAAUUGACUUUGAGGCUUCGCUGGCCAAGGGGCUGGCCGACCUAGCUUUUAAAGACUCUUUAAAUAUUCUGACUUGCUGGAAGGAUUUCGAUGACUUCAACAGGAUUUUCUGGUGUGGCCAGAGCAAGCUGGCUGAGCGGGUGCGGGACUCCUGGAAGGAGGAUGCCUUAUUUGGGUACCAGUUUCUCAACGGCGCCAACCCCAUAUUGCUGAGGCGCUCCAGUCACCUUCCUGCCCGCCUAGUGUUCCCUCUAGGGAUGGAGGGUCUGCAGGCCCAGCUGGAGAAGGAACUCCAGGGAGGCACACUGUUUGAAGCCGACUUCUCCCUGCUGGAUGGGAUCAAGGCCAACAUCAUACUGUGUAGCCAGCAGCACCUGGCUGCCCCUCUGGUCAUGCUGAAACUGCAACCUGAUGGGAAACUCUUGCCCAUGGUCAUCCAGCUCCAAUUGCCACGCACAGGAUCGCCCCCACCACCACUUUUCUUGCCCACGGAUCCCCCGAUGGCCUGGCUCCUGGCCAAAUGCUGGGUCCGUAGCUCUGAUUUCCAGCUUCAUGAGCUGAAUUCUCAUCUUCUGAGGGGACAUUUGAUGGCUGAGGUCAUCGCUGUGGCCACUAUGAGGUGCCUUCCAUCAAUACAUCCUAUCUUUAAGCUGUUAAUCCCCCACCUGCGAUACACCAUGGAAAUUAAUGUGCGGGCCAGGACUGGGCUGGUCUCUGACUAUGGCGUUUUCGACCAGGUGGUGAGCACUGGUGGAGGAGGCCACGUGGAGCUGCUCAAGAAAGCUAGAGACUUCCUAAGCUAUAGAUCACUCUGUCCCCCUGAUGACCUAGCUGACAGGGGGCUUUUGGGAGUCAAGUCUUCCUUUUAUGCCCAUGAUGCUCUGCGGCUCUGGGAAGUCAUCUCUCGCUAUGUGGAGGGAAUUGUGAAUCUUCACUAUAAGUCAGACGAGGCAGUGAAAGAGGAUCUUGAGCUGCAGACCUGGUGUCGAGAAAUCACUGAAGUUGGGCUGCUAGGGGCCCAAGAGCUAGGGUUUCCCACCUUCUUACAGUCCCGGGACCAGGUUUGCCACUUUAUCACCAUGUGCAUCUUCACCUGCACUGGCCAGCACUCCUCUGUCCACCAGGGCCAGCUGGAUUGGUAUGCUUGGGUCCCUAACACACCCUGCACGAUGCGGCUGCCCCCACCGACCACCAAGGAUGCGACACUGGAGACAGUGAUGGCAACACUGCCCAAUUUUCAUCAGGCUUCUCUCCAGAUGUCCAUAACUUGGCAGCUGGGCAGACGCCAGCCCACUAUGGUGGCUUUGGGCCAGCAUGAGGAGGAGUAUUUUUCAGGCCCUGAGCCCAAAGCUGUGCUGAAGAAGUUCAGGGAGGAGCUGGCUGAUCUGGAUAAGGAAAUCGAGACCCGGAACGCAAAGCUGGACAUGCCCUAUGAGUACCUGCGGCCCAGCCUGGUGGAAAACAGUGUCGCCAUAUGAGGGACCCCAGCUUGUGGUUGUUUCAGCCCUCUCUUCACCCAAGCCACAACGCCGUCCCUAAAUGCUUUCAGUCUUACCCUCCCCAAUCGCCUCCCUUUCUAUCUCCACCCUGUCUAAAGAGUUACUUUUCCUUGUGUAUGCCCACAUGAACAGAUCUUACUCUAGAUGCACCACCUAUGGGCCUUGUUUCACUGUAUGCAUCCCUCUCUUCCUAUUCUCCUCCUCCCUCAUCAUUGGGAUCUCCCAUAGGGCAGAUAACAGUCACAUUCUGUUAUAUAAACUGUUUCAAGAAUGACUAGGUAAUAAUACAUAUUAUCAUGUUUGUCUGUUGUUGUUUUUUUCUUUUCUUUUUUCUUAAUAAUGUUAAACCUAAUCCAAGUUUAACAACAAACAGAUAUUUUUAGACUAAUGAAAGGAACUUAGAUAAAAUGACCCUAAAUCAAACGCUGGCAAAACAAUGUAGCAUUUUUUUUAUUAGAUGGGAUUUACCACAUGUCUUGAAGCCAGAUACAACACAGAGCCAACCAUUUACACAAGAAUUCCCAAGAAUUUUCGGUUCUCAAGAUUUUCACUUUGUGGUUUGCUUAGAAAAUGAUAAAUGGAAGGAAACUAGUUAAACUGAAGAAGCUGCUCCCAGCUGGAGGUAUCUGGCCUUGGGGCUUCAGCUUGAGAGAGCCCUAUGUAUAACCCAUUUGCAGUUCACCAGUUGGGAGGCUUCAAAUUAAAAUAAUUAACUGGAAAAAAAGUAAAAAUCUCAUGGUUAUUUUAAUGAGUGACAACAGAGGAACCAAUGAAAUCCAACUUCUAUGUAUGAUUAAAAUUUUGGAAAAAUGAACUUGGAAGUUUAGUUUUUUAAUAUGAUCACCUGGGGAUAUUUUAAGACAGAAGAGAACAGUAUACAUAAGCCAAAAUUGUUUCCUUUAUAAUAUAAACAAAAUGGCUGCUUUAGUCUGAUUCUGUUUAAUUUGACAGAAGACAUAUGGGUGAUGCUUGUCUGAUUCUUGAAGGAAGAAUAGGAAAUAAACAGUUGGGAGGAGGGCGUAGAGUUUCAUGCUGGGAUUUAGGAGAACCCACAGGAGGUAAGAGAGCAUGGCACAGUCUUCACACCAGAAAUCAUUCAGUAAUGCAGUCUGGCAGUGGGAGGGGGUUAGAAAGAAAGUGGUGGGAAGGGGAAGUCUCAUGAAGAACAUAUUUCAUGUCAAGAAAUUAGACUUGACCUUUAGGAAACAACUAUGGAACCAUUUCUUUCUUUCUUUCUUUCUUUCUUUCUUUCUUUCUUUCUUUCUUUCUUUCUUUCUUUCUUUCUUUCUUUCUUUCUUUCUUUCUUUUCUUUCUUUUCUUUUCUUUUGAAGGGACCCCGGUCCGGACCCUAGACCGGACAGAUUCACGUUAAAAAAUUAUACUUCAGCUACUUCAGCUAGACGCUAAAAACUAACAGCUCUUUUUGCUUCUGUAUACCUGCUUUGCUUCUGCCGGGGAAUAAAAGGUUAAAGAAAAAACAUUCCUCAGUUCCCCCUUCCUCCCCUCACUUCUAUCUUAACAUACCAAAAGGCCUCACAGCAAUAAACUCUCCCCUCUCUUUUAUUUUAACAUAUCAAAAGGACAGUUGACUCCCAUGGCCUCUAUCUUUAUACUUCAAAGAAGUUUUCAACUUUAGGGGACAGGUUAUGUGGUCAGCUCAACCCAGUCAUGAUAUACUGUUAAGACAUCUCAAUAUAACGUCACUGUUGUGAUAGCGGGAUGCGGUUUUAACUGGAAUAACUGCACAUUCUUUUUGGCUUCUGUAACUUACUUUGCAUAUAGCCCUGCCUUAUAAAAACCAGACCACCGAGUCUGGGGUACCAUAUUUCCUUUAGCUGGGGAGACGGUCGCUGAGCUCAGCUUAAUAAAAUCUUCAG